GGGACAGCCAAUCAACAGCCAUGUCCUUCAGGGAGUUAUGGAAACCGGUCUGGAUUGGCAGUCUUCUGAAUGCUCUCUAUUGUAUGGGGUCAGGAAAUGUCUCCGCAACCGGCCCUUGUAGUGAUGGAUUCUUGUGUUUUGGAGGAGCCUUUCUUUCCUCCCCAAAUGAUAAUGAAACUGGAAUACCAUGUCUCUCUGGCUCUUACUCUAUAGUUGGAAGUUUUGCAGCAAUACCUUGUCCCAAUGGUACAUUUAGAUACGUUGUCUCCCGGUCCUCAACCACUCCUCCACCCUCUGGCGGCGCCAGCUCGCCCCUCCCCCAGUGGACGGCAGUGAGUCCUGCGACCCCUGGCGGAUGGAACCGCUCCUCCCCUUCUCGGCAGACAGCCGUAGUUCGUCCGGCUCUUGGCGGCCGGCAGCAACCCCUCCAUCCCCAGGCAGACGGCCACGGCUGCUCCCCUGGCAGAUGGCAGCGGCGAGGACUCCGUGACAGCGCAUCCCUCACGGGUUUCGGCACCACUGUAAUAGGUAAAGGAUGGGAAAUGAGGAGUCAGAGUGCUCGUCCAGUAGAUGGACUGCAGGGUUAUAUUUGUCCAAGCGGACACAGUUGCCCCAUUGGUGCUUCAGUGGAAGUGCCAUGUGAGCCUUGCACAUACAACAGUGCUACUGGGGCCGCCCACUGUCUCUCAUGCCCAGCUGGCACUAUGUGUCCUUCCCCUGGCACUCAGAAGCCCUUACCAUGUCCUUUGGGUAAUUCACAGCAGCUGUGCCCUGCCCUGUUGGCACACUGGGGCAUGUUACCAAAGCUCAAUCUGAUGCUUCAUGUGUGCCCUGUACUGCCGGCCUCUAAUGCAGUUCACCUAGCUUGUCACAACCACAGGGUCUGA